AUGACGUCACCUUCCACAUCCGGGUCACGUUCUCCUCAUGCUGUAGCAAGCAAGCAUGGCGGCGAAAAACAAGCAACGUAAAAAGUCCAAAGUGUCUUUUCAGCCGGCAAAAGAUGACAUGGAGGCCGAAAACAGCGGCGGGGAGGAGGGGGAAGAUCCUGCGGAGGAUGGACGUAAAGACAAGGGCAAGAAAGGAGAGGAAGAAGAGUUUAACCUGGAUGAUGUUCUCCGGCUGGGAGGAACACAGGCCGACUACGUCCUGCUCGCCGGCCUGAACGAUGAAAACGAGCUGGUGGACGGAGGAAAGAAAGGAGCGAUCGACGACCUGGAGGAAGGCGAGCUCGAGAAGUUCAUCAAAAAACUGGGUAUCCGAUCCAUCGACGGACUGCAGAUCAUCCCCGACGAGCCGGAGGAAACCGCUGAGGAGACGGAGGGUACAGAGAGUAGAGAGGGUACAGAGGGUAGAGAGGGUACAGAGAGUACAGAGGGUAGAGAGGGUACAGAGAGUACAGAGGGUAGAGAGGGUACAGAGAGUAAAGUGAUUAAAGGGAUAAAAGAGGGUAACAAGGCCAGAGAGAAGGAAGCCGCUGCAGCGAAGGAACAAACAUCCAGCGCUUCGCCCAAAGUGGAAACCAUAAAGAAAGAGAAGAAGGCAAAAGAAGGCAGGAAGAAGAAGCAGAACGUGAAUGUGUUUGAGUUCCAGCCGAGGAAGAUCCUGCUCAUCAGACCCGGGGGGAAGUGGUUCGAUCUGGAAUACACCGCGGAGGGAGCAACGUCCCCACAGGACCCCCCUCUGGUCUCUCAGUACAAAGCUCUGGCCGUGCAGCUGUACGAGGCCGACCAGGGGCUUUACAAAAGCAAGAAGAACCUGCAGAAAGGAGCCAACUCCAACUGGAUGAAGACGGUCGUUUCCUCCGGUGUGCUGGCUGACAGGAUGGCGGCCAUGACGGUUCUGAUCCAAGACGCUCCGGUGCACACGCUGGAGCACGUGGAGAACCUGGUGGCCAUGGUGAAGAAGAAGGGCAGUCGGAGGCAGGGUUUGAUGGCGUUGGACACUCUGCGGGAACUUCUCCUCUCCGAUUUGCUCCCGGAAAACAGGAAGCUCCGAUCCUUCGCCGAGCACCCGUUCGAUCAACUUGAGGAGAAGGCGAGCGGAAACAGAGACGCUCGAGAUCGCCGACUCAUCCUCUGGUACUUCGAGCACCAUUUGAAGCACCACGUCGCCGAGUUUGUGGCGGCGUUGGAUUCCGUCGCUCACGAUACGGUCGCGGCAACGAAAGCGAAAGCGUUGGCGACGGCUCACGAGAUGUUGUGCAGUCGACCGGAGCAAGAGAGAGCGCUCCUGAUGCAGGUGGUCAACAAACUGGGCGAUCCGGAGUACAAGACGGCGGCGAAAGCGUCCCAUUUCUUGGAGUCUCUGAUUCACAAACACCCCAACAUGAAGGCGGUGGUGAGCUGCGAGGUGGAGAGACUCAUGUUCCGACCCAACAUCAACCCCAAGGCUCAGUAUUACGCCGUGUGCUUCCUCAGCCAAGUGAUGCUCAGCCACGACGAGGCAGAUUUAGCCGCCAAACUCAUCACCAUCUACUUCUCCUUCUUCCGCGCCUGCGUGAAGAAGAAGGACAUCGAGUCCAAGAUGCUGAGCGCGCUGCUGUCGGGCGUGAACAGGGCGUAUCCCUACGCCGGCUCCGGAGACGAGAAGGUGAAGGAGCAGCUGGACACGCUGUUUAAAGUCGUGCACCUGGUGAAGUUCAACACGGCCGUGCAGGCGCUCAUGCUGCUGUUCCAGGUGAUGGACUCGCAGCAGAGCAUCUCAGAUCGAUACUACGUCGCUCUGUACAGGAAGCUUCUGGACCCCGGUCUUUCUUCCUCUUCUCGUCACAGCAUGUUCCUGAACCUCCUCUAUAAAUCCCUGAAGGCGGACAUAGUGGUCCGUCGUGUGAAGGCGUUUGUGAAGCGCCUGCUGCAGGUCAGCGCCGAGCAGAGCGCCUCCUUCACCUGCGGAGCGCUCUUCCUCGUGUCCGAGGUGAUGAAGAGCAAACCGGCUCUCAAGAUCCUGCUGCUGGAGGACGGGGACGGGGAUGAGGAGGCGUUCAAAGACCUCGCUGAGGAGGAUGAUGAAGAGGAGCGCUUUGUGGACGCAGACAAGCAGGAGGAAGGAGCAAGUGCAGAGCCAAAGGAGGAAGAAGCGAGUGCAGAGCCAAAGGAGGCGAAGCCCAGUGCAUCAUGGGUACACCACCAGAACCUGGAAGGAGGAAAGAGCAUCCAGAGCUACGACCCGCUACACAGAAACCCGUUGUUCUGCGGCGCCGACCGCACGACUCUGUGGGAGCUACAGAGGCUCGCCGCUCACUUCCAUCCGUCCGUGUCGCUGUUUGCAAAAACCAUCCUGGAGGGCGGCUCCAUCCUCUACUCCGGAGACCCUCUGCAGGACUUCACUCUGAUCCGGUUCCUCGACCGCUUCGUCUUCAGAAACCCAAAACAGAUGAAGGGAAAACAAAACACAGAUUCUUCCGCGCUGACGCCCAAACAGAGAUUCCCUCUCAAAUCUGUUCCAGUGAACUGUGAGGAGUUCCUGACUAAAGAGGAGAGUCAGAUCCCCGUCGAUGAAAUCUUCUUCCAUCGUUUCUUCAGGAAGCGUCACCAGGAGAAGCAGCUGAAGAUCCGCCGGCCUCGAGGAGACAACGAGAGCGUGGAGGACGUGGACGACGAGGAGUUUGAGAAAAUGCUCGACUCCUGCGAGGGAGACUCGUACUUCACGGAGAUGGCUGACGAUGAUCUGGACUUCGCUGGUAAUGUGAAAGCCAAGAAGAAGAAGAAGAAGGAUGCGGAGGCGUCGGACUCGGACGACGACUCGGACGCGGACCUGGACGACGAGGAGGUUUCUCUGGGCUCCAUGGACGAGGAAGACUUCGGAGACGAGCUGGAGGAAGAGGGGGGGACGUUCAUGGAUCCUGACGGGGGAGGAGAGGAUGACGACGAUGAAGAAGGUCCAAAGCAGGGGAAGAGGAAGAAGGGAAAGGAAGACACGGCCAUGUUUGCUUCUGCAGAAGAGUUUGGCUCCAUGCUGGACGAGAACGCCGGAUCCAAGUUUGACAACACCGGCCUGAACGCCAUGGCCAACAGCGACAAAGCAGGUCUGAAGCAGUUGAAGUGGGAGGCGAACAGAGACGACUGGAUGCAGGACCGCGACGCCAAGACCAUGAGGAAGAAGAAGACCAUGUUCAACAAGAACAAGAAGGCGUUCGGUCGCCCGCGGACGGGAGGAAAGACGUUCGGGAAGAGGAAGUAGUAGCGGCUGUCGUGAGAUCGUGGAGGUUUUUUUAAUUGGAGGAUGUCCUCAGUCCUGAUUGGCCGACCAGGCGGCGAGGUCUUUCUCUCGGACGCCGUAGACCCCCGCCCACUCGUUGGACUGGUAGUAAACUGGGAGGAAACAGAGGAGACAUUUCUGUGAAGAUAAAGGACUGUUUUUCAUGGACGCAUUUAACAGAUUUCUUCUACGGGAAUUAAAGUUAUUAAACUUUUCUCCAUCUAUGAGGCUGCUGAUAAAUACAUGAACAUGUCAUUGCCUAGUAUGUCAUAAGUAUGCCACCCUGUUUGUCAUUUAACAGAUUUCAUGUACAUCUACAGGAAUUAGAGUUAUUACCCUUUUCUGAAGCGUGAUUAUACGAGUUAUUUUGCCCAUUUCUUCAAUCCUGAUUAUUAAACAUUUAAAUGGG